GUCAAGUUGAAGUCUUGAACUAAUCAAAAGAGGACACUACAUGAUUGUCGUUUGCCUUUAGUUGGAAUUAUUAAAUGGUUGACUUUUACAGUUCAACAUUGAGGUAUAGGUAUUUCAUUCUCAUUAAGAAGAAAAAUGUGAGGUUCCUCCAGAGCAACCGACGAUACUGGAUAAAUGGGGACGACAAUUAAACGGUUCGAUAGGUCCACACGAAGAAGGCGAUGACAUAACGCUAACGUGUAGAACAGUCGGCGGUCAUCCCGAACCGACAGUGCGUUGGCUCGUAAAUGGAAUGCUCGUUGACGAGCAGUAUGAACACAACGCGGGCGACGUCAUUGAAAAUCGCUUAGUGUGGGCGGGUAUAUCAAGAAAAGACCUAGACGCCAUAUUCACAUGUCAAGCUGUAAACACGCUGCUUACCGAACCGAAAGAGGCGAUGGUUAAUUUGGAUUUAUACCUAAAACCCCUGACAGCGAGGAUUUUAAAGACCGUAAGCCCCUUAGUAGCAGAUAGACGAUACGAAGUGUCCUGCGAAUCUGCGGGAUCUCGUCCUUCGGCCAUCAUCACCUGGUAUAAAGGCAAACGUCAGCUUCGAAGGACUAAGGAAGAAACUCGAGAAAAUGUAACAAUAAGCGAAUUAAGUUUCGUACCAACAACGGAAGAUGAUGGAAAAUCCAUAACUUGUAGGGCGGAAAACCCCAACGUUACCGGCCUUUUUCUUGAAACAUCGUGGAAGAUCGACGUUGUUUACCCCCCGAUAGUGUCCUUGCGUCUCGGAAGCACGCUCAAUGCUGAUGACAUCAAGGAAGGCGACGACGUGUACUUCGAGUGCCAUGUCAAAGCCAACCCCCAUUGGAGACGUCUAACCUGGUUACACGAGGGGAUUGUGCUAAAUCACAAUACAUCUGCUAGAAUCAUCCGCAGUAACCAAAGCCUGGUUCUUCAAAGAGUCACCAGGCAAAGUGCUGGAAAAUAUGUCUGCUCCGCAGUCAACAGCGAGGGAGAAACUUUAAGUAAUGAACUUUCGUUCCGAGUUCAAUAUUCUCCUACAUGCCGUUACGACCGCAUCGUGGUGGUGGGAGCAUCCAGGGGGGAAAGCGUCGACAUUGCGUGCGAGAUUGAGGCGGAUCCGCCCGCUAAGACAUACAAGUGGAAGUUUAAUAAUUCGGGUGAGACGUUAGAGGUCGCGAGUGAACGGUUUGCUAGGACGAGUAAUGGGACCACUAGUGUUUUGCGAUAUACACCGGUAUCGGAAUUGGACUAUGGUUCUCUGUCCUGUUGGGCUAUUAAUUCCGUUGGUCAUCAGAUUAGCCCUUGUAUUUUUCAAGUAGUUGCGGCAGGAAAACCCUAUUCAGUUAAGAACUGCACGUUAUCAAAUCAAACAACAAGUUCGGUGGAAGUUUAUUGUCUACCAGGUUUUGAUGGAGGACUGCCCCAAUAUUUUUUAUUAGAAUUGUACUCGGCGAAUUCUGCCGUUCCUCGCUACAACAUAACUGCUAACGAUGAGCCAUAUUUUUAUCUAUCAAAUCUAGAGCCAGAUGUUACGUUUAAAAUAUCCGUAUUCGCCGUAAACGGCAAGGGAAGAAGUCAGGGGGUAAUUCUCGAAGAAGUAACGUUUAGGGAUCCGGAAAAACGCACGGCAUCUGACGGAGAUCUCCCAAUCUCACCGCUUCUUGGUAUCGUAAUUGGAGCGGCGUUUACGGUUAUUGUAGUCGUGAUGUUAAUAAUUAUAAGGGUUCGGAAAGCCCAUCCGCAGCCAGAAGCACUGUACGAGCAAAAGGUGGUGGGAAUCCCGCAUCAUCACAACAUGUCUUCCACUAAGCCACUGCUAAGAAGCGGUUCGCCUAGGGAAGUGUCCGAUGAGAGGGAUCCCGACGUCAUACCGGCGAAAUAUGGAUCGCCGGACGGUGCAAGCGACAAACAAAUUGGUACCGUAAAUGGCCCUUCAGGUCUUCCCGGAACCAAUGUUCCUACGUCACCGAAUCGUACACAAACUACGAUAGUUCCACAGAAUUGGAUUAGUCCCGGUCCAGCUCCACCUAUGGAUUCUGUAUUUCAUCAAUACAGUAAUCCAAUGCUUGGGACGUUUCCUAGGGAUUCGAGACCGAAAAACCUCCAAUUAGGAAAUGGCAGUUCUGCAACUCUACAAAAAACAGAUUUAGAAUUAAACGGAUUAGCCAUAAAGGAGAGAUUAAUGGCGAACCGUUUACCCGAAAGUUGUGUCUAAAAUUAUGUGUUUGCCCUUUCCCUUUUUUUUAGUUUUGGUUAAAGGACCGUCCAUUAUGAGUGCGUCGUAAAAGAAUGUUUAUUCUCUUUUUAUAAUAUAUUUGCGUGUUAUAAACGGACUGAUAGUAAUGUAAUUUUGUAUAUAAAUAAUGUAAAUAUGUUAAAAGAUGCAAAACGAAUUAUUGGUAAUUUUUUUGUUAUUUAACACACCUAGUGUUUUUUUUUGUAACGCUGUGUAUAGACAAUCUUAAUCAUAAACUAAUGAAAAUCACUAGUUAAUGUACAGUAUGUUACAUACCGUGAGGGGAUGUUUGAUGGUAUACAGUGAAUGUUACAGACUUUGUUAUAGAGGAGAAAAAAAUGCAAUUUAUUUAUAAAUAAAGAUAUGUGAAAGAUGAUUAAAUAGGAAAUGUGAAUAUUUUAAUAUGUAAGGCUUUAUAUUAAUGGCCGGUUUGCUCUUAAAUCUGAAUACAUGUUUUUACUCCGCCUGUUAUGUUAAUUUAUCGCUUACCAUGACACUUUUCUUGACACAUGAAGCGGUUAAAAUUAGUCCUACAUAAUGGAGUUAGCACAGUUUCAAUGUCAUUUUCCAAGACAAUUUCAGUAAAAAGGGGUUUUGUACAAUUAGCCAAUUACAAUUAUAAUGCACCGAUAAAUUGUCUUAGUAAAUGCGAAACUGUCGGCUAACUCCAAGAAUAAAGGUGGUAUUGACAAUAUCCAUAUCUUGAAUUUGACUUGUAAUAAUCAUUAAGGCAAUAGAAUUUUUUAAACAUAUCCAAACCUAAUUUACAUAUCCUUGCUAAUUUGUUGUGAACUUUCUACAGACAUUACAGUUGAGUGAUAACUGCAACAAUUUCGGAUAAUAUAAUACAAAUGCUAAUAUUAAAAUAUUAUUAAAAAUAUCAAUGUAACAAGAAUACUAUUUUUGUUAGAAAUAUUGUCAUUCAUUGAAUAUUUUACA